AUGGCGUGGCUUGACAGGAAUAGGAAACAAUUGGCCGAUGUUGAAGUUACCUUUUUGUUGCCGAGUUUGGACAAUACCGAGAAAUUUGAUCCUAGCUGGGUAAACGCACAAGAUCUCUGUGGCCUAAAGGGUUCAAACAUUGAAGGUGGGGUUGGGCCUUUUGGGCUGUUGACACUGUCUUCAAAACAUCUAGAGGAAUAUACUCCUGUCUUCUUUAGAGUUUUCAAAGCUCCAAAUAAGCAUGUAGUUCUCCUGUGCUCUGAUGCAAGAAGUUCCUCUUUGAAGAAGAGUGGACUAUAUAAACCUUCUUUUGCAGGCUUUGUAGACAUAGAUUUAGCAGAUGGGAAGCUUUCUCUUAGGAGUUUGAUUGAUCAUUCCGUUGUGGAAAGUUUUGGAGCUGGAGGAAAAACAUGCAUCACAUCGAGGGUUUAUCCUAAACUAGCAGUCUUCAAUAAUGCUCACUUGUAUGCAUUCAACAACGGGACAGAAACUGUAACCAUAGAGAGUCUCAAUGCAUGGAGCAUGAAAAAUGCACAACUGAAAUGAGGGA